AUGUUUAAGAAUGUUAGCAUGAAAAAGAUCAUUAUCGGCAUGCUCAGCAUUGGGGCAUUGAGCGUUAUCAUUUCUUUGCACCUAUUGCAAUAUGACGGACACGAUUUGAUGGCAAUUGUCAAGCCUAAAUAUAAACCUUCAACAGAGGAUAUAUAUGAUUCAUAUGAUAAUGAAGAACAAGUAGAAAAGCCUAAGGAUCCUGAAAGACCCAAAGCCAUGAGGGUAUCUGAGAUUCCUAGUAGAGAGCGGAUGAUUAUAUUCCCUAAACGAUUUGAGGCUGCAGAUUUGCAGGAAUACUACAAUAAACAUUUUCAAUAUUUGGAACAGAUCAAAGGCAAGAAACAUAUAUUUCAGUAUCUGUAUGAUGGUUCAAUCGAGGGUGAAGCUAACAAAUCCGAAGAAUUGAGUACCCAGGUUGCAGAGGAAACUGAAUUCCAUAAGCAUGCAUUCAAAGUUUUCAACCCAUACCCCAACAUCAAAGGAGACGAAAAAAAGUGUUCAGUCAUCGAAAAUUCACUCAAUUUAGAAGUUAGCGAGUCGAAAACAAUGCAGGUAUCGUUAGAGAAGGUGGUUGGCAAUUUUGUUACGCAGAAGAACGAGUACUACCAAGAGUUAUCACCAUUUUUCCAAAAGGCCAUAGAAACGCAGCUUGAAGAGCAUACUAUAGAGAAGUUUUGGUACAGGUUGGCCGGAUCUUCCGUGUGGUUGGAACAAUAUGGAGUGCAUUUUAUGGUUUCAAGAGUGUUGUAUAGUCCCAGGGGGAUUCGAAAUCAACCAAUUCUUAGUUUGAGUUACGUACAAAUCUUCAAUGAGAAAUGGGAGGAAUUGGAAGAUGUUGAAUUGAUUGUUCCUACAAAUAAUCCUGAUAUAGGUAAUCAAUUAGCAGCCGAAAAGCAAUUAUGGGCAAGCAUCAGAUAUCCUGACUUUUUGCCAAUCCCUAUAUUUCAUAAUGUUAACAAGCAAGAUAAUAGAUUCUAUGGCCCUGAAGAUCCUAGAACUAUUCUUGUUAAAAAUCCGAAAGGUUUUGAGGAACCUCUAGUAGUUUUUAACGAGUUCCAUAGAAAAAGCAUUAAAAGAACAUGGGAUGAAGAACGAAGCCAGCUUACUUUAAAUAUCAAGCAUUAUAGAUCUAUGUUUAUGGGAUGGCCAUGGCAAUUCCAAAGAGGAAAGGUGAAUAUUGACGGAAUACCAAGUAGAAAUUUUGAUGAUCACCUAUAUACUAGAGUUGUUGAGUUGAAAAGACAUAAUAUUCCAAGAAAAAAGGUUCAAAAGAAUUGGAGUCCGUUUAUUAGCUCUCACGACCAUCAAAUCUACCAACAUGAUAAGUAUAUUUACUUCGUUUAUAUGUGGUCAAAUUUGGAGAUCUUGAAAUGUGAUUUAUCUGAUAUUUCAGGUAUGACUUCACGGUGUGAAUUCGAUUAUAGACUAAACAAUAAUUUGCCUGAUAACGAACCAGUUGGACAGUUGAGAGGAGGCACCCAAUUAAUUAACGUCAACGAAUUGGUCAAUAACGAAAGACACAAAUUUCCCCAGCUCAAUUCAAUUCUAAGCAAUAUUCCCAAGACUAGAGAUAUAUGGAUCGGGUUUGCCAGGGCCCAUUUAAAGAACUGUGGGUGUGGACAAGACAUAUAUAGACCUAACAUGGUCAUAAUUACAAAAGAUGACAACAAGUACAAGAUCAGCCACAUCACUUCUUUUGUAUCAAUGGACAUACCCGUGAUUGGAUGGGACUUAAACAAGCCUGAAGAUGCCUGUAUUGGCGGCCAGCCCAACGUGCUCAUACCCAACGGAAUCUCUUCGUGGUCGUUCAAAAAAAACGACAAGGACAAAGACCUUGGUGCCGUGGAUUAUUUAACUUUGUCGUUCUCUCUUGCUGACUAUACCGUGGGCAUUAUCCAUUUAAGAGGCUUGCUAAACGAUAUAUUCAACCUCGACAAAAAGGCAGCACACUCAAACCACAAACUCUUUGAAUCGCUGCGCAUUGAUUCAGUUGGAUACAAUAAUGACAAUGUAAACUGUGCCUUACAACUGUCCAUUCAAUUUUGUAAGGAGUACGGUGAAGCGGAACUGAAAAAGGCUAAGAGUAUUGCAAACUCUGAAGCAGCACCAAACUGA